UUGUUCAAACCCUAAUUAUUAAAACAACUAGGAACCACAAUUAGUUAAAAGGCUAGUUCUUGCCCACACUUCUUGACUAUUUGCAUCAAUAAUAUCAUAUCUAGAUGAGAUACAAUUUUCUUUCUUUAUAGAAACUAUCAUGAGUAACACUACUACUACUUCUUCAAAUCUUCAUCAUCAUGAAGCAACUCAAACGACAAACAAUUCAAAAAGCGACAGACUAAGCGAGCUAAAAGCUUUUGAUGAAACUAAAGCCGGUGUGAAAGGACUUGUGGAUGCUGGGAUUACUAAGAUCCCUCAUAUUUUUCAUCAUAACGAUCAUCAUGUAAUAGAGAAGAAGAAUUCAUUAUCAUCAUCAUCGUCGUCACCAAUUAGUACUACUACAAUUCCAAUUAUAGAUCUUAAGGGCGCAAAUUACACAAAAACGAGAGAAACCAUUGUAAAAGAAAUUGGAGAAGCUGCAGAGACAUGCGGUUUCUUCCAAAUCAUCAACCAUGGAAUCCCCGAAAUAGUUAUGGAGGAAAUGAUAAAUGGGGUUUGUCGUUUUUAUGAGCAAGAUGAUGAUGAUGAGGAGAAGAAGAAGAAGUUUUAUGGUAGAGAUUACACCAAGCCAUUUGUGUAUAAUUCCAACUUUGAUCUUUACACUGGAAUUUCAACCAAUUGGAGGGACACUUUUUUUUGCCCUAUGGCUCCUCAUCCUCCAAAUCCUCAAUAUUUACCCCCAAUAUGUAGGGACAUAAUUUUUGAGUACUCAAACCAAAUAAUGAAGGUAGGGAUUUUACUUUUGGAAUUUCUAUCAGAGGCUCUAGGGUUAGAGUCAAACUAUUUUAACAAGAUAGGGCUUAGUGAAGGGCUAAGUCUUUUAGGACAUUACUACCCUCCGUGCCCGCAACCAGAGUUAACUUGGGGUACAGUUUCACAUACCGAUGCUGAUUUCAUGACGUUGUUACUCCAAGAUAACACCGGUGAUCUCCAAGUUUUCAACAAUAAUAAUUGGAUUGACGUACCACCUUACCCUGGAGCGUUAGUAGUCAACAUUGGAGAUCUUUUUCAAAUCAAGAUUAAGGCUAUGUUUGGUAGGAAGGAAGGAGAGUUAGAAGGAUGGAGAGUUGAUGAAAGAUGGAGAAUAUAAGGGAGGCAGAGGAGAGUAAUGAUCCUUUUAUAUUAUUUGGUAAGAAGGAUGGAGUGGUUGAAGGAUAGAUAAUUAUUAAUUUAAAAAAUUACUAUUUUAUCCUUAUAAUUAUUUUUUAAUAAUAUUUGUCGAGGGUAUUUAUGUAAUUUACAAUAAUUGAAAAGGAAGAUCAGUUCCUAUCCUUCCAUUAAUGGAGGGAUUACAAAUUAGAGAUUUGAGUGGAUUUUCUAUCCUCUCACCUCUCCUUUCUCUCCUUCACUUCCUCUUGUCAAACAAAUGGAUUUGUUAUCUCCUCUCACUUCUAUCCCUCCUCUCCUCUCCAUCCCUCCCCUUCUCCUUCCUACCAAACACAGUGUAAAGGGCUAUGAGCGAAGGGGAAGAAGUUUUAAGUUAUAAAAUAGGGGGAAAUUUGGGCCGACAUCUGUCAUACCUAUUUUUUCAAAUGACACGACACAAUAGAGCAAUAGGCACGACAGGUGUUGGCCCCAAUAAUGAGCUCGGGAAAAUUCUCGCCCAAUCCUAACGAAUCCUUUUCAAAGUAAAAAAAGGGUUUGGGUACGACAGCUGGCGUGCCUAAUGGGCCUUUGUCAUGCCAAAUGUCGGCCUUGAUUCUCUAGACAGAGGGAACGAUUAAAUGUCGGUCCAAGUACAUCGUGCAUGUAGAGUUUUUUUUUUUUUUUUUCUUGUAGUGUAUUU